AAAGACCUUUGAAGACAUCAAACGGGGUGCUUGGUAUGUACUUUGUGUGCGUUGUUUUGCUGCUUUGCAGACGCUUGUGCUGACUUGUUCGUUCCUUCGGGGAAGUCAAGGAAGGAGAGACAGCUAGCGAAGGAAGAUUGGGAGAGUUUUUCACUCAUGAGUGAGCAAGAUACAGAGCCAACGGGAUUAUAGAUACAAGAGGCUAUUGACAACAAAGAGUGAGUAACUGCCAUUGGGUGCAUCGUGUGAUAUUUCGAAGAGGAGUUGCUUGGUGUGUGUCUUUCUUGUGUUUGAGGUCCCUGGCCCCACCGGAGAGGGAAGAGUGGGCGAGCCGUGGGUUGACGGAAGCACGGACGAAACAUUUGUAUAGGAAGCGCCGUCUACGCAUCGAUCAGUGGCCCUGCGGGACAAGAAAGCGUGGGUGAGCCAGAGAAGUAACAAACAACACAUCGGGGCUGUGAGUAUUAUAAGCCUACUCUCAACCGGCGACCAAAACAUUGCCCAGCUAUCCUCUCGAGGGAAUCGAAGCCUGGUGGCUAAGUCCAUAUUUAAUAUCACGUGAAGUGUGUACAAGAGUGUCGUGGGUGAGUUACACUUAUUACUUGGUGUUGUGCCGUGCUUGCUGUGUGUAUGCUGUGCUUGUAGCGACCAAACCGCCCGGCCUCGGACGAAUCGUGAGAGGUUUACAUCUGUUGUGGCCCGAGUCCUACGGAGAGAGUGAAAUUCAGCCUUGGCCCCGUGUGUUAGAGAGAGCUUCACUCUUCGAUAGAGCGGGCAGUGGUGAAACCCAGUGGUGGAUAGGAGUGAGUAUUUUUGGAAGUGCACUGUGCGGACUGAGGGUCAUAGUUGUGUGUGUGUUUGACCUAUCCAACAGAAGCUCGUGGUGGCGGAGCCUCAACGAAAGUUCGCCCCAACUCGGACCCCGGUCGUGGAAACAAGAGGGGGAGUUCGGGAAGCGUUCGGCUCCGUGCCACUGGACCCAUCAGUCCCUACGACGCCCGAGAAGUUGAGUGGACGGGUGAAGGAGCACGGUGCACCGACGCUGUAGCGAAAGCCCACUGUCUGUGAGUAACUUAUCUCUGUGAAGUAUUAUUGACCUGUGCUUACAGCAACCACUUACCUGUGUCUCAAGGAAAGCUCUGUGUGAACGAAGAUCCCCAGUGUUGUGAGUAACUUACCUCUGUGAAGUACUAUUGACCUGUGCUUACAGCAACCACUUACCUGUGUCUCAAGGAAAGCUCUGUGCAGGCCCGGGGUGGGUAAUCGUGAGAACCGGGAGAAUUUUUUUUUUUUUUUUUUUUUUACAUUUGUCACGUUAGUGAGUCUAUCUUCUCUUAAAUGACACUUCACACGUUUCGCAUUGACACUGCAGCGCGCAGCCUCUGCAUGGGUUGUACCAUGUGAGGGAGUUUUCCCCUCCCCUCCCAUAGAGUUGGUUCGGUCCAUAGCACGUCCAAGAAAACUUUUCUCCGGUAGGCUGGGCCGGCCCUACCAUAACAAUACGCGUCUGAGAGGAGGAGGGCGUAAAACACAGGUUGAAGAAAAAAUCCAUUGGAGGAGGAUGCUGCCAAAUGUGCCAAACUUACAGAUUUAUUUUCAAGAGGACAAACAAAAGUGACAACAGUGCUAAUUUGGAAUAACACUAUGGAAAAAGUGGGCCGGUCUUGGGCCUGAAACUCCCGGGCUGAAAAGUGGCCCCACUCCGGCCCUGGCUCUGUGUGAACGAAGAUCCCCAGUGUUGUGAGUAACUUACCUCUGUGAAGCAUUAUUGACCUGUGCUUACCGCAACCACUUACCUGUGUCUCAAGGAAAGCUCUGUGUGAACGAAGAUCCCCAGUGUUGUGAGUAACUUACCUCUGUGGAGUAUUAUUGACCUGUGCUUACAGCAACCACUUACCUGUGUCUCAAGGAAAGCUCUGUGUGAACGAAGAUCCCCAGUGUUGUGAGUAACUUACCUCUGUGAAGUACUAUUGACCUGUGCUUACAGCAACCACUUACCUGUGUCUCAAGGAAAGCUCUGUGUGAACGAAGAUCCCCAGUGUUGUGAGUAACUUACCUCUGUGAAGCAUUAUUGACCUGUGCUUACCGCAACCACUUACCUGUGUCUCAAGGAAAGCUCUGUGUGAACAAAGAUCCCCAGUGUUGUGAGUAACCUACCUCUGUGAAGUAUGAUUGACCUGUGCUUGUAGAAACCACUUACCUGUGUCACAAGGAAUGUUCUGUGUGAACGAAGACCUCCAGUGUUGUGAGUAACCUACCUCUGUGAAGUGUUAUUGACCUGUGUCUACAGCAACCACGUACCUGUGUCUCGACGAAUGCCCUUGUGAAUGAGGAACCCCAGUUUUGUGAGUUGUUUCCCUGCAUGGUCCACUAACGGUCUCUGCUUCCAGUAGCGUCCGCAGAACAACGAACCUAAGGCAGAGGAGAGAGAGAAAAGACGGGGAAUUAGAGCACCAGUAGGAUCGCAUCAAAGCACAUUGUGAUAACCUUUCUGUUCUUGAUUCUGCCUCCAGGAAGAAGUGGAGUGCGCCACGGGUUCUAGGACCAGUGCCAUAAGGAGCCCCUGUCCCCGGUCCUUGUCACGAGUGGCCCUGGAGGGCAGAAGAAGCCAUAUUAGUUUUUAACCUUGCCCUUUCCCUCUUUCCCUUUUUUUCUUUUUAAAUAUUUAAAUAAAGUUUAUUUUAAACGUAGUAUACUCGUCUGUCUGGUCAUUGGGGCGGUCUUGGGAAACUCCUCGAGGUGGAAGAGUUGAGAGGGGUGUGACCUUUAGUAUAUUUGGGUCCGCCCCUGGCCGUGACACGGGCACCCGAUGUCCCUUUAGCUUUCCCUAUCUCUGUCCUGACAUGUGAUAGAAAGACGAAGGCCUUCUCCAGCCGCACAGCAAUUCUAUCUAAUCUACUGCCUAUUAUACGCCAUUCUGAGAUUGAUACAGUGCCAAAACCAGUUACUGUUAAGUUAACACUUCUGAACAUCUGUUCAGUAAAGAACAAAUCCUUUUUAGUUAAUGAUCUCACAACCACUAACAACCUGGACUUUAUGUUUCUAAAUGACACCUGGUUAGAUGACCGCUGCAGUGCUACAGUCCUCAAUAGCCUCAGUUGCACUAUCGGGCCUGUGCGAGCCAGGGCUUCAAACGGGCCUCGCGGAGCCAAUAGCCUCUGACCUCCUGCUGUGAGGCCAAAAUCAAGACGUGUUUGCACUUUGAGGCCAAUGGCGCCGCAGAGUCGUCGUAAUGCCCGCCCUUAACCCGCCUUCUUGAAUUGAACGUCACAUAACCCUGCCCAUUUCCGUGUGACGGGUAGAGAGAUAAGCUAGGUUGCAUGUGCAUGAUCGCAAAGCAAACACGAUGGAGAGAACUGAAGCUGCGGUUUGUCUGAUCCUUUUGCUUUCUCUUUGGUGGAAGAUGAGAGAGCAAAUGCUAGAUGAGUACACGGAGAUUGAACGGCGUUUACGCCGAAAACGUUUGUUGGCGGCAAGACGCGAAAGAGCGAGAAAGAGAAGAGCUAGUGAGUUGCAGCGCAGAGAGAAACGCCGACAGAUGAUGAUGAUGAUGGUACAUCAUUAUUACACUAAUGUGAUGCGGACAUCUGAGGUGUGGGUCCAUCAUCGGAAAAGUGACUGGUGGGAGAUAACUGCUCAGAGAUGUACAGAUGACCAGUGGCUAGAGGACUUCAGAGUUUCAAGAGUAACAUUUCGAUACAUCUGUACAACACUGAAACCUAUACUACAGCGUCAAGAUACAUCAUUUCGUCUUUGCAUACCUCUGGAGAAACGUGUAGCCAUUGAAUUAUAUAAACUUGCAUCGACUACAGAAUACAGGACAGUUGCUAACCUGUUUGCUGUCAGCCGGACAUCUGUUUGUCAUAUUGUGCACGACUUCUGCAAAGCCGUGAUUUCAGUACUUAGGCCAAAAUUUGUCCAGACACCUGAUCCGACCAGAUUGGCAGAGAUGGCACAAUAUUUUGAGGAGCGGUUUGGAAUUCCUCAGUGUGUGGGAGCGAUAGACGGUUCUCAUAUUCCUAUACUUAAACCUCGUCCUCCACAGUUUCAAUCCGAUUUUCAUAACAGAAAAGGAUGGCACUCCAUAAUUUUGCAAGCUGUUGUGGAUGGCAAAGUUAUGUUCUGGGAUUUGAAUAUUGGACAGGCAGGGAGGGAACAUGAUGCCAGCGUCCUCAAAAAGUCACACCUUUGGACUUGGGCCACAACCAGCAAUAUUUUUUCGUCUAGAGUAAAAAACAUAUGUGGAACUGAUGUUGGCUACUUCAUUCUUGGUGACUCCGCAUACCCCUUGCAGAAAUGGUUAUUGAAACCAUAUCCAGACACUGGCAGGCUUACAGAAAGCAAAGAACUGUACAACAUGAGAACAAGCCGUGCCCGUUGUGUUGUUGAACAUGCUUUUGGGAGACUGAAAGGAAGAUGGAGGUGUCUCAGCAAGAGAAAUGAUUGUGAUGUAAAUGUUGUUGUAAAUAUGGUGGAGACAUGCUGUACACUGCAUAACCUAUGUGAAGUAAACAUGGACAGAUUUGUGCAAGAGUGGGGUGGUAAUGUUACUGAGAACCAUACACGACAACCUUUUAAUGUUGCGAAUGAAAAUUCUGAUGUAAGAAAUGCUCUGCAACAGUUUUUCCUGCAGCAGCAGAACAUGUAAUUUGAUGUGAUUAUGUUUUUUUACUAUUAAAACUUGUAAUCUUUUAAAAUUUCCUGAUGUACCCAACAAUAAACAUGUAUGUCUAGACCAAAAACUUCCUGAUUGUUGAAUAGUUUAUUUUCAUCUUUAAAAUCAACACUCACCUGCAGACAACCAUUUCCUAAUGUACCCAGCAAUAAACAUCUAUGUCUAGGCCAAAAACUUCCUGAUUGGUCAAUAGCUUAGUUUCAUCUUUAAAAACAACACUCACCUGCAUACAACCAUUUCCUAAUGUAACCAGCAAUAAACAUCUUUG